GCAUCUCAUUCGAGCUAAACUGGAGGGAGUUCUGUUCUGUGCUGCUGGGAGUUGUGUGCAGCUAACUCGCUAGCAAAGUAAAGAUAACUUAUCUAGCUAACAGUUACGUCUAACCUGCUCCUCUUCACAAACAAGUCAGCUCUGAGUGACUCUUCAAAUGGAUUUAGAGGAUGACACCACUGUGUUAACAACCUUGAAGUCCUUCAAUUCCUUCAUCAGCCACUCUAAUGCUCCUCAGAGGCUGUCAGAGCCCUCAGCCGGGAAUGGAAACCUGCAGAGUCAGUACAAACGCAGCAUGGAGUUGCUGGAUGCAGCAGACAGAGUUCACUCCAAGAAUCGCUACCUUCAGUUGGACCAGGAGAAGAAGCAGAUGGAGCUGAGUCACAAGCGAGCUCGAUUUGAACUGGAGAAGGCUGCUUCUGACAGCGCACGAGACUUUGAGCAUGAGGUUGACCGGAACCAGGACCUCUUGGGGCAAAUAAAAAAGUUGGGGGAGAGAGAGACUGAUGCAGCUAAGAACCUAUCAGAACAGGUGGAGGUAAAUUGCGCUCUCCGUCAGAACCUGAAGGGCCUGAACAGGAAACUGGAGGAGCGAGAUACGAGACUGAACACUGCUAACCAGACCAUCAGUUCUUUGAAGGAUGAGAUCAGAGAGCUGAAGCAGAAGAUUCAAAACCAAGACUUGACAACUUCUUCUCAAGCCCUUGAAAGGCAGGAACUGCAGGAACAGUUAGAUUUACAACGCAGGAAGUAUCAGGAAGUCUCUCAGCUUUGCCAAAGUCUCCAAGCUGCUCAGUCCUCCUGCUCAGAGCACAUCAUCAAGAUAAAGGAGUUGGAGAGGUGUCUCACCCUCCAGGAGCAAGACAUCGCCAUUGUGAAGACUAUCAAGUCAGAGGCGGCCAAGGUUCCAGACCUGGAAAAGGAGUUGAAGUGCCUCAGAGAAGAUAAUGCCUUUCUCAGGGAGAGCAGGGAGAACUGCAGCCUGUUGAAAGAGGAGGUGGAGGGGCUGAGGAGGAAGCUGGAGAGGAUGCAGAAAACGAAAGAAGAGUUGGUUAAUAUUGAACUGGAGAAGGAGAGGUUGGCAGAGAAGCUCCAAGCCUGGGAAAACCUUGGGCAAUCUACUGGACUCAACAUAAGGAAACCCGAGGAUCUGUCCAGGGAGGUGAUUCAGAUCCAGCAGAGAGAAAUUGCUCUAAAAGAGCAGAACUACAAUCUCAACAGCCGUGUGAGGAGUGUGGAGCGUUCACAGUCUGAGCUCCGUGCAGAGCUGUCCCAGCAGCGCAGCAAGACCCUGGAGGAGCAGAAGAAGAGGGAGACACAGGACGCUCUUGUCCGUCGACUACAGAAGAGAGUGCUGUUAUUAACCAAGGAGCGUGACGGAAUGCGUGCCAUACUAGAGUCCUAUGACAGCGAGCUGGCACCUUCUGAGUACUCUCCUCAACUCAGCAAACGGCUCAGAGAGGCAGAGGACAUACUGCUGAAGACACAGAACCACAAUGCAGAGAUGGAGGGACAGUUGACCAAAGCACAGGAAGAGACAGGGACUCUGAAACUGCAGCUGCAAACAGUGGAGCUGGAGCUGGAGUCUCUAAAGAAGCACCAGGCCUCUGCUGUUGACAGCAACUCUUCAGUGAACAAAGAAGAGGUCAGCAUACUCAGACAGAAUAUUGAAGAUUUGGAGGCAGAGCGGCAGCGUCUGGAGGAGCAGAACAACAUUCUGGAGAUGAGACUGGAGAGACACAAACUACAGGGAGACUAUGAUCCCAUCAAAACCCGAGUUCUCCACUUCAAAAUGAACCCUACCUCUGUUGCCAAGCAACAGCGCCAGCAGGAUGUUGAGGCUCUUCAGGAGGAAGUGAUACGUCUCAGGGAACUCGUGCGCUCAUUGCAGGAUGGAGGUGCCAUGGUCCAUUCACAAGACGACUCAAGUAUGCACGCCCCCAGCCUUGGCCUCAGUUUUCCACCAUCAAAGGAGGUGCUGGAUUUACGUAAGCAGAUGGAGAGCUCAGAGCUCCGGAACCAGAGGCUGAAGGAGGUGUUUCAGAGGAAAAUUCAGGAGUUCCGCACAGUCUGCUACGUCCUGACCGGCUAUCAGAUGGAUAUUACCACAGAAAACCAGUACAGGCUCACCUCAGUCUAUGCAGAGCACAUGGACGACUCCUUGCUCUUCAAAAAGGGCUCCAAUGGAAGCAUGCAGCUCAUGGAGACAGAGUUUUCAAAAACUUUGGGAGAGAUGGUGGCCCUUCAUCUGCAUCACCAGAUGAGCAUCCCAGCAUUCCUCUCUGCUGUGACCCUCGACCUCUUUAGCCGGCAAACCGUGAUCUGAAGUAACUUGACACCAACUCUAUCACACAGCUGAUACAUUUAGGAUGGGAUUAGUUUUCUUUUCAAUUUCCUGUUGUUUUUUUUGCUCUCUUUCUUGCUUUUUUCUGUCUCAUAUGAUAUUCACAGAGUUGUCUCGACAGCUUGAUAUAUAAGUAGUGUAGUCAGUGCUGUGUUGUGGAAGAUGAACUCUCUCUCUUUGAUGAAAUACUUCUAUCUUGUAUUUAAAAAAAAGCUAAGAAAGCAACUUGGUAUCCCUAUUUGUACGCUGAAUAUUUCAUCAAUGAAACUUUGAGAAAUACCUUUUUUUUUUUAACAGGACGAAGUUGUUAUUAAAAUGCCACACAAAAACCACUACAAUUGGAUUUGGAGCAUGUUUUUUACAGUGGGAGUUUGAAGCACACUUCCCACCAAGUUAAAUACACACAGUGUGGAGAAAGGUUUAUGUGGUUAUCUGGAUCUGUUGUAGAUGCAUGUUGCGUGGUCUUUACCAAGACUGAAUCUUUGUUGACUCUUUUUAUUCUGCUUUUUGUCUCUCUCUUUUAUGUAAAACAUUUUACACCAAUGUUUUGUGUUAACAGCUAGUCUACGCCGAUCCAAUUUAAAUACAAGAUCUGUGGAUUCUAUUUUUUUCUUUCAAGUCCUGGGAGGUAUUGAAAUUUGAUUUUGAAUUUAGUGUUAAUCAGAAUCUAAUAGUCAUGCCAUAUGCAUGAAUUGUCUGUUUUUAAUUAUUGUUGAACUAUAAUUUCAAUUCAUGAUUAUGCGCUCAAAUUGAAGAUAAUGUCUAAACUCAAAUUCCCUGCACUCCUUUCUGUUAGAAAAGGGAAUAAUUGCAGAGGUGACAAAAAAACGGAGAAUACGGAGAUGAGCGUCAACCUUGCCUCUAUAAACAUAUUCAAAAUUUGGACUACCAUGUGAUCCUAAGACCAGAGUGUAUAAACGCAACAGGGAAUAGAGAGAUGGUUGUGGAUGUGGAUCUAUUACAAGCCCUGUUGCCCUCAGUAAGCUAGGCUACUGUUUUCUUCAUUCAUUUAAAAACUAAACAAUUAAUCAUGACACCAAACCAUUUGAGAUGUAGUCUCGCAUAGCCAAACCUACCUCAGCGCUGUGGCGAUAGAUCUGGCUGAUCCUGUUAUCAUUCUGCUGUAAGG